ACAGUAUUCAAAGCCGGCUGAUAUAUAUUAUAUAUAUGAUCGAAUCGUAUUAUCCACACAUUUAUAAACUACUACCCUUCUUGCGGUUGUUUCGGGCUGGGGCUGGUUACAUGAUUUGGCGGUAUGGGACUGUGGCGUCAGAGGUACUGCGUCGCACGGUCAUGGCGAGCUGGGCCACGGCCACCACGACGAUGCCGGCCACGAAACCGGUCGAGCUGAGCAAGAUCCAGUUGGCAGGCGAACUUUCGACGUUGAGGAGGCUGCGGUAGUACGACGUCGCCUGGUUAUUGUACACGGGAAUGUACCGCUUAUGGGCCUUGUACUUGGCGUCUUGGUCCACGGCGGGGCGCUCGGCGCAGUCGAUGUAUCGGGAGAGCAGGCACGACGGGUUGUAGCACGUGUUGGGGGACGGCUCCAGCGGGAUAAUGCGGCCCCAGUUGAUGCUCACCGUGUCGAACGCGGACGCGCAGUAGUCGUUCUGGUUCAAGUAGGCCGAUUCGUAUGGGUCUUGGGGGUACGGCACGUCCUGGGGCAGCGUCGGGUUGAUGUGCAGGUCCGCGAGGGUCUUGUACGUGUUGGGGUCAAAGUGGAAAAAGUCGAGCGAUGCGUAAAACGCCGCCUUCUGGUCGUCCGACAGGUUGGCUUCCACGCCCUGGAAGAUCAAGAACGUCCGGAUUGUCUUAUCGAUCAAACCCAAGAAGUGGGGCAACACAAACGUCGGCUCUGUGGCCGUGAGGUCGCCCUUCUGGCUCUCCGAGUACACGAGCGUAGUGUACUCAAUGUCUUCGUGGUCGGGGCACACGGCAGGGAUGUCCUUGGCGUAGUGGCCCUGGGUCACGGGCUUGUACGUUUUAUCCUGCUUGUCCUUCUUCGCCUGCUGGACGCUGGCAAACGAUCGGCAGCACCGCGUGUGCUGGCGGAACCGCGCCAAGUGGCGAGGGCAGUAGGACGGGUCGUCCCAGCUCACCUUGUACCCAGGGACGCACGCAUGUUCCUCCGUGUUAACCGCGAGCCACCACACUUGGGCGCCGAUCAACGCAUUGUUGGCGUUGGCCUUGUCUUGCGCCGUCGCGGUCACGUCGUCCAGCACGGCGAUCGCAGAGUUGGCAAUCGCGUUCAGGAACCCAAACGCGAGCGGGCGGAACGGCGUGUCGCACGGUCCUUGGUCAGGGUUUGCCGUCAACUGCUCGAAGCGGAGGUCCUGCACUUCACCGGAUUCGACAAACUCGACCGAGUACUUGUCGAUGGAGAAGCAGUAGUCGCCCGUGUCCACCCCGGCAAAGUACGCAAUCAAACUGAGCGUGUAAAAGUGUUUGCACGUGUCGCGAAUGCCCUCGGCGGGCGUGAUCGGGUCAUAUGGCGUGCCUUCAGGAAAUUGCCCCGGGCCGCCGGCGCCAUACGCUUGGGGCUUCCAGGAUGACGUCGAGACGUCCCACACUUGGGCGGGGAAAUGGAAUGCCAGGUCACCGAUGGGGGUGCCGGGAAAAUCCACAAGGUGUUCCGGCUGCAACCCACCGGUGGCGUGCGUGGGAAGGUGGAUGGUUUCCGCAGCCAAGAGGACUGCCGCCGCCACCACGGGAGGGGGAACACCCGAGUCUGGGAUCGUCGCGACGGGGUUCAAGUGGUAGUUGAGCGCCGAGUAAUAGUUGGGGUACACGACCAACGACGCCGUGUUGGGCGCGUUCUUGCUCGGACUGAGCGAGAUCUUGGUGAAGCGCGUCGAUGACGACCCGGGGGCGCUAGACAGGAGGUCCGCAAGCAGUUCGACCUCGGACUUGACGACCGCGGGGGGCGGGGGAGCCACUUGCCCGUCGGACAAGAACACCGGGGACGCUUUGUGGCCGUCGUGGAGCUCCUUGUCGGUCCACACCGUGGACUUGGACAACAGGUCCUUCAACGCGAACGACGACUGGUAGUUGUUUUCUUGGGGGUUGUCGUCCUCGUAGUCGCCGUUACUGCAUGUCUUGAGGAUCGAGUUCAGGCACGUGCCGGCGGCGUUGCCAAACACUUGCUGGGCGUUGCUCUGGUCGGCAAAGUAUACGAGCGACCCAGUCACGCAGCUGCCGUACGUCACUAGCGCCUGCGAUGCGAUCGCGCUCUUGACCAGGGUAAACGAAUCCGGGUUGUCGGCCAAAAAUAGGUUCACGGGGGUCAAAGCCCCGCCAAUGGUCACGCGCUGGAUGUCUGCGAUGGUGUACAAAGCCGCCAGCGCCGCGUCGUCCGUGCACGACUGGGCGCCCACGCUCACCUUGCCGUUGUGGUACCCUUGGUCGUUGACGGUGUGGCACAACGUGGUCGUGAAGGACUUGAUGCAGUGCGCCGCCCGCGCGGUCGUGGCGAAGUCCUGGACGACGUUCACGUCCAAGAGGCACUCGGUGAACGCCAGCUGGGCGUCACAGAACAGCUGCGUGUUCCAGAACUUGAGGAACUCGACGUGGGCAGGCGCCACCGUGGUGGUUGGGGCGGGGGUCACCUGCUUGGUCGUAGUGGGCUUGCUGUACGCGCGUUUGGUAGUUGUCGGGGCGUCCGUGUCGUCAUCGUAUCCGUACCCAUCAUCAUCUGGGGCUAGAGUAGUGGUAGGUCGGGAAUAUCGGCGACGAGUAGUGGUUGGGGCUUCGGUUUCUUCAUCAUCAUAGCCAUAACCAUCGUCAUCUGGGGCUACAGUGGUGGUCGGUCGGGAAUAUCGGCGACGAGUAGUGGUUGGGGCUUCGGUUUCUUC